AUGGGCCUCGUGCACGAGUUCCCGCUCAGCGACAGCGGAGAUGUUGUUGUGCGCAUUCUCUCCGACGUAAACGGCUCGUGGGGCGGCACAUGCGGCGCUUCGCUCUGGGCAGCGUCCACCGCUGCAUUUCCGUGGAUUAUCGCCACUGAGGAGCGCCGCUGUCUCUUCAAGGACUGCGCGGUGCUAGAGCUAGGGGCGGGGCUCGGCCUUUUCGGCAUAGCGCUGUCCAAAGCUGGCGCCGCACGUGCUACGCUGACCGACCUGCCUCUGCAGCUGCCGCUGCUGCAGCACAACAUCAGUUCCAAUUUGGACCGGCGCAGCGGCUGCACAGUCGAAGCGCGCGCCCUGGAGUGGGGCACGCCUCUUCCCGCCUGGGCGGCGUCGCAGCGGUGGGACCUGAUCGCCGCGGUGCCCGCCCUCGCGGCCACCCUCGCCUCGCUCCUCCGACGCAGCCCUGGCGCGCGCGCCCUGCUGGCGCUGCCCGACCGCGCCGAGUUUGACGAGCCGGCGGAUGGCCGGCCUGACUACCGCGUCCUCUUCGACCAGCUCUCGCUGCCGGAGCACGGGUGCCUGGCCGCCGUCCAGAUCGGCUGCAUCUCGAGCGAAGAGGCCGGCACGCUGGAGUCCGAGAUCCACCUGUUCCUCGUCCUGCAGCGCGACGAGCAGGGGGAGCAGCGAGAUGCAUCUUCCUCGGCCCGCACAUGA